GCUAUGAUUUUGAUGUUAGUUUUCCUUAGACGACCGUGUGCAGGUGCCAAACUAUCUUAUCACAAUCACAAAAACUUAAAACAAAGUAGUUAUCGUCUAACACGUUGCCUUCCUGUUGCUUCACUGUGUUAUGUUUGUUGAUUGCGUUUCCAUGGACAUGUUUACUGAGACCAAUAAAAGGCUUCACGGCGUUCUAGGAGAACAGAAGUUUUUCGGAUUCAUUUGGCUAUCAGGUGUCAAUUAAGUGCUUUUGAUAGAAAGUUUUUUUAAGACACUAGGGGAGGAUGCCCGUGUACCAGCCAAAGGUUCCUGUCUGUGUGGCCAUCGGAUGUAGCGCGGUGGCGUUGGUGUGCCAGUUCGUGGCUAUGGUCGGAACCGGGUGGAUGAAAAUGUUGGGGUCAUCCCAGUAUGGGCUGUUCUGUACUAGCGACAUUUGUAAUUUUGGUACUGGAGAUGGUGGCUGGAUAAAAGCUUGUCAGGCCUUCUCCAUUCUGGCAUUGCUGACUAUUACCGCCAGUCUUGUUCUCGGAGUUGUCCCCAUCUUUAAAGAAGACACACAGAAGCUGACACUUCUUGCUCGGUUUUGCAGUCUUGCCGCGGCCGGUUGCGUGGCAGUGGAAGUAGGCGUGUUCCUUGGUAAAACUGUAGGAGAUGUCAUUCAACUUUAUCCUCUGCAAUUUUACGGGUAUUGCUUCUUCCUGUCAAUCGUUGUUGGUAUCUUGAUGGUCGUGACCUCCAUCCUUCAUAAGCCAGAAGCGACCUAAUUAUUCGCUUUUGGGGGACAAUAGUGCGGAUGGCACGUGUCACACGUGAGCACACUUACAUCACUCUGGCUUUUAAAUUUAUUCUGUUGAUAAAAAUGUGGAACAAAUCAUGUACUACCAAGACUCAUUCUGUAUUGUUCAUUGUAUUAAUGUCGGCGAAAGGGACAUCAAAGUGAUUUCUUCUUUCCUUUUGAAACCGGAUAAGAAACUAAGGAAUGACCUCAAUUGCAUCAUCAUGUCUUUGUAUGACGUCACGAACAACUAACCAAUGUAGCCGGAAGUGCCAUGACGAGUUGUGAUCAAGAAAGCCGCGAGUCUAGUAAGGUUUUGCACUUAGACAUAAUUAUUUAGUUCUGCCGGACUUUGUUUCUCUCGGGCUCUCUCACUUUCUCUAUAUGUAUACUCUUAUUUGCUCUGAUUUUGCUUUUUUCUUUGUUGCACAAUAACCUAGUUGUGGCAUCACAUUCUCAUUUUAUUAGAUUGUGAAUGUUAAGUGAUUUUGAGUGGAGAGGAGUGAUGUAGCUUUAUCUUCCAUGAUCUGCACACCACUUUUCACUUUAGUGGACAGUUGAGGUAGGUGGAGCCUCCCGUGUGUGUUAAAGUGUGAUGAAUGUGUUGGCCACAGAUAAUCAUUUAUAUAUCCAUGUAAUAAAUAUAUUCAAA